UUUGGAUAUAAGAAUCCUCGGCGACAUCGUAGGACGAGGAGGCUACGACGAGUUGGAGAGCGCGCGCGAAUACGGGACGCUCCUAUCUAUCGAGUGGUAUUUGAGUGUCUUGAUACCAACCCGCGAGGACAGACUUGACCGCCGCCGCCUGCCUGCAUCCCAUGGACAAGACGUUUGUGGGCGAUUUCGGGCUUGGCGAUACAACGAACCUGAACAUUUUUCCAUUCAACCCUGCCGGGCCUGGAAUUCCGAGCAAUGGCAAUGCAAUGGGAACUACGACCAACUCAAUGAAUUCCCUCAUGGCAAAUCACAUGAACUCGAUCAUGGGCGCCAACCCAGGGAUGAACAUGGGUCAAUACAAUGCGUAUCAAAUGGGAAACAUGGGAAACAUGUUCAUGCCAUCGAUGCCGACUGCGUAUAACAACAACGGUGGCAUCCCAGACGACUUGGCUGGAGCAGGAGCUGCCACUGGCACCGUGCCGCUCGACUUUCCUGACGAUUUCAACACUCAAGCCGCAUCCGCAGCUGCGAACAUGAUGAGCAACCCCAACAUGCAUAUGACCAACGCGAUGAUGAUGAACAAUCCCAUGAUGAUGAACCAGUUCAACGGCGGCAAUCCCAAUGGUUUUCAGCAAAUGAUGGGCAACCCGGCCAUGUUUGGCAUGAACAACGGCAUGAUGACCCCUCAGCAACAGCAGUUCUUCCGACAGCAGCAGUUUGCACAGCAGCAACUCAUGCAGGCCAGAAUGAUGGCAGCCCAAGCUGCAAACGCCCAAGCGCAGCAACUGCAGCAACAACAGCAACUCCAACUGCAGCAGCAACAACAAGCCGCGACCCCCGUUCCGACGUGGCAAUCGGAGAAAAACGACACGACUAUUCGUCACGAAGUGAUCAAUAAGAUUGUCGCGUUUCUCCGCGGUCAGAAGCCAAAUGCCCCCGUGGACUGGAUCCGACGACUGCCUCAAAUGGCCAAGAAGCUCGAGGAAAAACUGUACCGCAACGCCAAGUCCAAAGAAGAGUAUUUGAAUGACUCGACGCUCAAGGCCCGGCUGCAGGUCGUCGCACGCAGCUUCCACGCGUUGCGCAACCCGAACACGCCGCCAGAACUGGCCGGGUUUUGCCAAAAAGUAGCAUUGAUCACGUCCAAACUGCCAAAUCAGGCCGUCGCUGAGUACCACCAGAAUGUACAAAACAUGCUGACGGAUCAGGAAAAGUUCAAGCCAGGGUUGCUCAACCAGCAACAACGGCUCCUCCUGCUGCGGCAUGCGUCGUGGUGCCAGGAACAAACUGGAUGCAAGGCAACUCCGCACUGCGCCGAUAUGAAAGCGCUGUGGAGUCACAUCGGGGGCUGUACGAACACGACAUCGUGUCAGUUUGAGAAUUGCACGAGCUCCAAGUUUGUGCUGUCACACUUCCAGCAGUGUACCAACUCGCAGUGCAUCGUGUGCAGCGUCGUGCGGCAGCCAGUGGAGGCCAAGGACGUGAAUGGUGGAUUAAUCAUGGACCCACAGCUGGCACUCCAAAAGCUGAAUUCCCUCAAGCGAUCUGCUUCCGAGGUCAGCGUGCCUGCUCAAACACCGGUCGUUUCAUCACAACCGAUUCCAAUGCCGCCAACUCCCAUCCCCGCCGCAACCCCCCAGUCCAUUCCAGGCCAACCUCUUGUUCACACAGCGGCCACUCCCCCAAACUCUCAGCAAUUUGCAUCGCAGAUGGCUGCAAUCCAGCUAAAAUUCAAAGACUGGAGUAUUGUGCAACUACAGGAACACAACAAGAAGCUCGAGAUGUGGGCAGAGCAACUGAAAAACCAAAUUCAAAUGAUCACGGCCGAGUGCACCAAGCAAGUGGAGCUGUUCCGCAUGGCGCUCGACCCCGCCGCCAAGGUCCAAUACCACACUCAAGCCGAGGAAUUGCAGAAGCAGCUCAAAGAGUUGAAGGCCAAACUCUCGCGGUGUGCUCACCAGCACAAAAUUAUGACCCUCACGAUCCAUGGACGGCAGAAUGGCGGCGCGAAUCCGAUGAUGCAGCCGCAGCAUCAAGCACUGCUCAACCAAGCGGCGAUGAACCAAGCAGCUGCGCUCAACCAGAUGAACCAUGCGACGGCCAUGUACCAAAUGAGCAGUCAGUCCAUCAACUACCCUCCGAUGACGCCAUUGCCCUUGAACCAAGCCCCCAUGAUGCAGCAGCUCAACACCAAUGAAUCGAUGCAGAACUUGCUCCUCAAGACAACCCCUCCUGUCCAGCCGCCGCCACAUCCGUCCAAUAUUCCCAUGCUUGAAACGUCGCUGAUACAGACGCCGGUAGUGACCCCGCCACCGACUGCCGUCGUGAUUAAGGACGAACCGCCAGCUCAGAAAAAAGUGAAAUUGGAACCAACUGUGCACAUCGAACAACAGGCGGAACCAUCUGCGGCACCUGCCGCGGCAACUGCGACGACAGUCACCUGCAUGUUGUCCCAAAUGACCGACGAAGAAAUCCAGGCGCAUAUUGAUUCGCUCCAGCAAAACCACUGUGCCUCCAUGACGGUGGUCCAGCUGAAGAAGCGGUUAGACCCGAUCCUGAAAAACAUGAUGGAGCACAAGUUCGGGUGGGUGUUUAGCACCCCCGUGGACCCCGUCGCUCUGGGCAUUCCCGACUAUUUCAACGUGAUCAAACGCCCGAUGGACUUUGGCACAAUCCGAAAAAAGCUCGAGAGCAACUAUUACAAGCACAUUUACCCGUUUGCAGCCGACGUUCGGCUCACGUUCCGCAAUGCCCUCACGUUCAACAACGAGGGCGAAGAAGUGUAUUCGCUUGCGAGUGACAUGCUCAAAGACUUCAACUGCGAAAUGGCCAAGCUUGAGGCGGAAAUCAACGUCGAGGAGGUGAUGGCGCGCGAGAAGGAUGGUGCGUGCAGGCUGUGUGGCCUCGAGUCGCUCGUGUUCGAACCUGCCAUCUUGUACUGCAAUGGCGAGUGCAACACAAAAAUCCGUCGCAACAACUACUACUUUUGCUCGGCCGACAACAAGUUCCAUUGUUGCGUGACGUGCCAUCCGAACCUUCCCGAGAGCAUCCCCAACGCGGACGGCGUGCCGUACGUCAAAGCGGAACUGACGCGAAAGAAGAAUGACGAGGUCCAUGAAGAGCCAUGGGUGUGCUGCGAUAAGUGCAACCAGUGGGUUCACCAGAUAUGCGGCUUGUUCAACAUGAAGAACGACAAGACGGAGAAGGACUUGAAGGCUGACAAGGAGAAGGGUCAGGACUUUGUGUGCCCGUCGUGCGUGUUGAAAUCCGGUCGGAAGGGGGUCGAGAAAAAGGUGUGGACAGCGAAAUCGCUGCCUCGGUCCAAGCUGAGCGACUACUUGGAGCGCCGUGUGGCCAAAGUGAUGGAAGCGGAGAUCACGGCCGAGAUGCGGAAGGAAGUCCCGAGCACCGACAAACUCAUCAUUCGUCAGGUCAGCAACAUCGAGAAAACGCUGAUGGUCCGCGACAAAAUGUACCAGCGCUACAAGGACGCCAAGUACCCGUCCGAGCACCGGUUCAAGUCGAAAUGUUUGUGCAUGUUCCAAGAAAUUCACGGUGUCAGCGUCCUUCUCUUUGGCAUGUACGUGCACGAGUUCGACCAGCAGGAAGCCAAAUGCAACUCGCGUCGAGUGUACGUGAGCUACUUGGACUCGGUCAACUACUUGGAGCCUGCGUACUUGCGGACCAAGUUGUACCACGAGAUCCUGAUCGGGUACCUGGACUAUGUCAAGCAAAGGGGCUUCCACACGGCGCAUAUUUGGGCAUGUCCGCCGCUCAAGGGCGACGACUACAUAUUGUACUGCCACCCAGAGACUCAGAAAACCCCCAAGAGCGAUCGGCUGCGGCAAUGGUACAUUCAAAUGCUUAUGAGGGCGAAAGAGGAAGGGAUUGUCGUGGACAUUAACAACAUUUACGACGAGUACUGGUCGACGGCGCAGGCAUCGCCGAUGGAACUACCGUAUUUUGAAGGGGAUUACUGGGUCGGGUUGGCCGAAGAGCUGAUUGAGAAGCUCGACGAAGACGACAAGACAAACAAGAAGAAGAAAGAUCAGAAGAGCAAAAAGCCCAAGCAGCAGAGCAAGGACGCUGCGACAGAGGUGGAGUUUCAGGACCCGCUGAUGAAAAAGCUCGGCGAGCAUAUUUACCCGAUGAAGGACGACUUUUUGGUGGUCAAGUUUUUCCCGUCGUGCUCUCAGUGCAAAGUUAUGAUCGGUCAAGGCACAAUCUGGAAAGAAAGCAAGACGUGCCUGUGCGACGGGUGUUACCAGAGCCAGAUCCUGAACCAGGCGAAGAAGGAAACGCCGCCGUACAUCCCGAUCGUGCUCACGCUCAAGGGCAAAUGCACCGACCCGGACGACAUUGUCGAAAGCGAAGUGUUCGACACACGGCAAGCAUUCCUGUCGCUGUGCCAGACCAACCAUUACCAGUUUGACGAGCUACGGCGGGCCAAGCACACGUCCAUGAUGACGCUAUUCAAUCUGAGCCAGCUCACCAACAGCUACGUGUACAGUUGCAACGUGUGCAAGGCAGAAAUCACGAGCGGCACGCGGUGGCACUGCAACACGUGCGUCGACUACGACGUGUGUGCGUCGUGCUACGACAAGAAAGUCAAUGUCCACGUGCACAUUUUGGAAGCGGUCGGGACGAUCCCGGACGAAGCCAAGAAGCAGUUGGAGGAAAAGAAGAAGAACAUUGCGCUGACCAUGCAACUCCUCGUGCACGCGAGUAGCUGCGAGGAAGGCGGGUGUUCCUCGACCAACUGCGACAGGAUGAAGGUGCUCAUACGCCAUGGCUCCCAGUGCAAGCUCCGGGCCACAGGCGGAUGCAACACGUGCCGACGUAUCUGGACGCUGCUGCAGAUCCACGCGCGUCAAUGCCGCACGACCGAGUGCCGCGUCCUCCGGUGUAAUGACCUGCGCGAGCACUUGCGGAAACUGGCGCUGCAGCAGCAGCUCAUGGACGACCGACGGCGAGCCGCUGUCACGGAACAGUACUCGAGGCAAGGCACCGAAGACAAGGUCGAACAACCAGAAACAAGUACUAGUGGUUAGUGUAGAAUAUGUUGAAUGUGGCAUGAGUAUGGCGCAAUCGACACCCGUGUUGCGAAAUCUCGCGUUGAUGUGGCCG